GCUCUCUAUCUGCUGCCCUGUGCCCUCCAUCCCUCGGCGAUCAGACAGUCACGGACGAGAGGGGGAUAUCCGAGGGAGCUUUGGGGCGAGGACAGGGAGGCAGAUCUGCUGUUGUUGAAGGAAGUCUGAUGUAGAUGCUGAGCCAGAGGAGAGCCCAGGGAGCAGCAGCAGCAGCAGCAGCAGUAGCAGCAUCGGGGCUGUAGAUGCCCUCUCCACAGCUCCGGCCCCAGCCCCUCUCCAGGCCUCUGCGGGAGAGCCAGGACAGAGAGGAGACAGCUCCUGCUCUGACUCCGACAGUCCUGUAGAAUCCAGCUCCUGCGAGGAGGACGAGGAGGACGAGGAGGAGGAGGAAGAGGAGGAGGACGAAGACCCCACUAUGUUCUCCUCCAAAUUCCUUAGCGGGGCCAACCCCCUCAAUGCUGUGUCCUCUGCUGUGAAUAAGUUUGGGUUAUUCGGAGAUGAAGGCGAGGGGGAUAAGAAAGCACCUUCCCAGCAGGGGGUGAAGCCAUCUGGAGAACAGCAGCCAGGAGCAGGCCUUGGCAAGGGCCCCCAACAGCAGCAGGGAGCCCAGAAAUCAGGCCAGGGCCCCCCUGUGCAAAAGGGCCAGCCUCCCCCGAAACAAGGAUCACCACAGCUGCAAGGGAAUGGACAGGCUGGACCCCCAAACAAACCUGGUGGGCAACAAGCUGCUCCAAAGGCAGGGACACAGCCUGGAGGCCAGCUUAAAGGAGAGCCACAGAAAAAUCAACCUAAGGGCCCACCACAACAAGGCUCACCUAAACCUGGAGCUCAACAACCGACUGUGACCAAGAGUGGAGCACAGCCAGGGUCUCCAAAGGCAGCGUCACAACAACAGGCUCCACCUAAGACAGGGAUGCAACAACAAGGGCCUGCUAAGACUGGUGCACAGCAGCAACAACCUGCAAAGACUGGAUUGCAAGGCUCACAGCAAGGGUCACCUAAAUUAGGACAGCAACAACAGGGGUCACCAAGAAUUGGACAGCAACAGCAACAACAGGGCUCACCAAAACUUUCACAGCAACAACAGGGCUCAUCUAAGGUGGGGCAACAACAGCAAGGCAUCAGGACUGCACCCCAGCAGCAGUCGUCUGAUAAACCUGCACCUCAGAAACAAGGGCCUAAGGGACCUGGUACACCUGACCUGUCACGGGCGGGGUCCUCAUCACCGGGACCAACUAAAGCUGGAUCUCAGGCAAAAGCAGCAGCUAAGUCCCUUUGCCCAGUGUGUAAAACAACAGAACUUAAUAUGCACACCAAGGAACCACCGAAUCAUAAAACCUGCACACAGUGUAAAACCCAAGUGUGCAGCUUGUGUGGCUUCAGUCCGCCAGAUUCUGACGGGCGUGAGUGGCUUUGUCUCACCUGCCAGAUACACAGAGCCCAAGGAGCCCCUGAACCAUCGGGACCUUCCAUGAAGAAGCCGACACCCAACAAAGCUCCUGCUCCUCAAAACCGGACACCAUCUCCUGCUGCACCUGUCAAAAAAGAGACGUCAGCGCCAGGUUCACCUCAGAAAAUGCAGUCUACAUCAGCAAAAGUGCCAGCCACGGGUGAAGCUGCCAAAGGACCAGAAAGUCAAAAACAGGCCAGUCCAGCUCCUGUUCAGAAAAUGACACCCGUGACCCAGCAAACAUCAGGGUCUCAAAAACCAGACCAGACUAGUCAAAGUGGACGCAAGCAAAGCAGCGCCCAGCAGGAGUCAGGGGGAUUAUUUGGCUUUGGUGGUGCUAAAACUGAACCUGCGAAGCCCGAAGAUUCGGUGACUGGGAAGAUGUUUGGUUUUGGCUCUUCCAUUUUCAGUUCUGCAUCUACUUUAAUGGCUUCAGCUGUUCAGAAUGAGCCUAAAACCACACCACCAGUUUCUCCCAAAAUGCAGUCUGCAAAGGAGACCAAACCAGCUCCUGUCCAAAAGCCAGCGCAAGACAAGAAACAAGAGCAACCCCAGCAGGCAAAGGCGAAUCCACCAGGACAGGUCAAAGUGGACAAAGCACCAUCGGAAACUCAAAAGGCAGCAACAGCCUCCCACAACGUUCCUAAAGGAGGUCAAUCCACUUGUCCGCUGUGUAAGGUGGCGCUCAAUAUGGGCUCAAAGGAUCCUCCCAACUACAACACCUGUACUGAAUGCAAAAGCAUUGUCUGCAACCAAUGUGGAUUUAACCCCAUGCCAAAUGUCAAUGAGGGAAAGGAGUGGCUUUGCCUAAACUGUCAGGUGAAACGAGCUGCUGGUGGAAUUGAACCUCAAAAGGACACGUCUGCGUUUAAUGUGCUACAAAAGACUUCUGCACCAGGUUCGCCUCAGAGGAAAGUAUCUACACCUGCAGCACAACCAGCCAAGGCUGGAGCUGCUAAAGGACCAGACAGUAAACAGGCCAGCCCAGCUCCGGGUCAGAAAACACCUCAGGAGACCCGGAAGACAGGUCCUCAGAAACCACCAGACCAGACAAGCCAAACUGCACAAAAGCAGGGAAAUGCCACAACAGCUACAAAGCAAGAGUCAGGAGGGUUCUUUGGUUUCGGGGGUCCUAAAAGUCAGCCCGAUGCUGCAAAGCCUGCAGAAUCAGCAGCUGGGAAAAUGUUUGGUUUCGGUUCUUCCAUCUUGAGUUCUGCAUCUACUUUGAUCACCUCAGUUGAACCCAAAACUACACCACCAGUUUCUCCGAAAAUGCCUGCUGCAAAGGACUCCACACCACCCACUGCCAAAAAACCAGAACAGGAGAAGAAACCAGAACAACCCCAGCAGGCCAAGGGUCCUCCAUCAGAGCCGCCAAAGAAAGCAUCAGCUUCCCCAGUAGUUUCCAAAGCAGGCCAGUCUACCUGUCCUCUCUGUAAACUCAAACUCAAUGUGGGCUCUAAAGAUCCUCCCAACUACAACACCUGUACAGAGUGCAAAAACACUGUCUGCAAACAAUGUGGAUUUAACCCCAUGCCAAAUGUUAAAGAGGUAAACGAGUGGUUAUGUCUUAACUGCCAGAUGCAGAGAGCACUAGGAGCAUCUGAGCCUCCGGGAACUCCCAUGAUGAAACUACAGGCCUCACCAAAUAAAGUCCCUGUUCCUGCCAAUGCCAUAAAUAAGGAAACUCCCCCACUAGAUAAACCCCAAAAGAAAGACAUUCAAACACCUGCUGAAUCUAAAGCAAAGGAGACAUCUGUACCAGGAUCUCCUCAGAGAAAACCAUCAACACCAGCAGCAGGGCAGCCAGCAAAGGCUGAAGUCGUGAAAGGACCAGAAAGUCAGAAACAGGUCAGCCCAGCUCCUGGUCAGAAAACUCCACAGGAGAGUCGAAAGACAGGUCCUCAGAAACCACCAGACCAGACAAGUCAAACUGGACGUAAGCAGAGUAAUACUACCUCAACUACACAAGAGGAAUCUGGGGGGUUCUUUGGAUUUGGUGGUACUAAACCUCAGCCUGAUGCUGCAAAGCCUGCUGAAUCCCUGGGUGGAAAAAUGUUUGGCUUUGGUUCCUCCAUCUUCAGUUCUGCAUCCAAUUUAAUAAACACAGCUGUGCAAGAUGAGUCCAAAAUGACACCACCAGUUUCUCCCAAGAUGGCAGCCGCAAAGGCACCUAAAUCUCCAGUUUCUCAGAAACAAGAGCAAGAGAAGAAACUAGAGCCCAAGACCUCUCCAUCACAUCCUUCCCCAGCUGUUCACAAGGCAGGCAAAUCUACCUGUCCACUCUGUAAGGUGGAUCUCAACAUUGGCUCCAAGGAACCUCCCAACUACAACAGCUGCACUGAAUGCAAGAACACUGUCUGUAACCAAUGUGGAUUUAAUCCAAUGCCAAACGUAUCAGAGGUUAAAGAAUGGUUAUGCCUGAACUGUCAGAUGAAGAGAGCUCUUAGUGCAUCUGAACUCACAGGACCUUCAAUGAAACCUCAAAAUGCAGCUAACAAAAUGUCCCCAUCUGCUGUACAUCAGAAGUUAACAGGUCCGAACCAAGUGGAAACUCAAAAGAAGGAGUCAUUGAAAUCUGAUGCACCUUUAAAGAAGGAGACUCCAGUGCCUGAUACACUUCAAAAGAAGGGGAGUCCUACACCGGGUUCUCCUCAGAAGACACAGGCAACUAAGGCUGCUAAAGGACCAGAACCUAACACACAGGCUAGCCCAACUCCUGGUCAGAAAACUCCUCUGGAUAUCCAGGAGGCACCAGGUUCUCAGAAACCAACUGACCAGGCAAGUCAACCUGGACUAAAACAGAGUAAGGUCACCCCAGAUACAAAGCAGGAGUCAGGAAAUCUAUUUGGCUCGAGUGGUUCUAAAAAAGGGCCUGAUGAGUCCAAAACAACAGAGUCCGUCACUGGGAAGAUGUUUGGCUUUGGUUCCUCCAUUUUCAGCUCAGCAUCCACGUUGAUAUCAUCUGCUGUUCAGGAUGAAUCACGUACUACCCCACCAAGCUCUCGUAAGAUGUCUGCGCCAGCACAAGUCUCUCCCAAGAUGUCUGCUGCUCCCAAGGUUUCUCCAAAAAGUACACCGACAGUUUCUCCCAAAAUGUCGCCAGCAAGAGAGCCCAAAACUCCUGUUCAGAAACCAGAGCAGGAGAAGAAACCAGAAGAAUCCCGCCAGAGCAAAGAGGACAAAGCUCCAUCACAGCCUCCUAAGGCAGCAUCAGUCCCCCAAACAUCUCCUAAUGCAGGCCAGACCACCUGCCCCCUGUGUAAGGUCGAGCUUAACAUUGGCUCUAAGGAUGUUCCAAACUACAACACCUGCACUGAGUGCAAGACCACCGUCUGUACCCAAUGUGGAUUUAACCCAAUGCCUAUUGGAGAGGUAAAAGAGUGGCUAUGUCUUAACUGCCAGAUGAAAAGAGCAGUUGGAGCAUCUGAGCCACCAGGGCCUCCUAAACUUAAGUCCCAAACAUCACCAAGUAAAGUUCCUUCACCUGCUGCAGCCCAGUUGAAGGAUUCUUCCAAACCAACUACACCACAAAGCAAGGACAGUCCAAGCCCUGCUGUACAAAAGAAGGAGCCCCCAGGAGCAGCCUCACCACAGAGAAAACCAUCAGCACCAUCUGUGCAGUCAGGCAAACCUGAAGCUGCUACUGCACCAUUGAAACAGGCCAGUCCAGCACCUGAUCGUAAAACUCCACAGGAAGGACAGAAGGCAGUUCCAAAGAAGCCACCAGAUCAGGCAGGCCAACCUGGAGAUAAGCAACCCGAUACUGCAAAGCCUGCAGUGUCCGUGACAAAUAGGCAAACUGAACGUAAGCAGAGUAAUGCCACAGCAGCAACACAGCAACAGUCAGGAGGCUUCUUUGGUUUUGGAGGUGGUAAAACUCAACCCGAUGCUGCAAAGCCGGCAGAUUCAGCGGCUGGGAAAAUGUUUGGCUUUGGUUCCUCCAUCUUCAGUUCUGCAUCAACUUUGAUUACCUCAGCUGUUCAGGACCAGCCCAAGACUACUCCACCAGUUUCUCCCAAGAUGUCUCCUGCAAAAACGGUCAAGUCGCCUAGUGCACAACAGCUGGAACAGCAGAAGAAAACAGAGCCAUCCCAGCAGACCAAGACACCUCCACCAGGACAGGCCAAAAUUGACAAACCCCCAUCAGAGCCUCCAAAGGCUGCAGCAGUCUCCCAAGCCACUGUCAAACCAGGCCAGUCUACCUGUCCACUCUGUAAGGUUGAACUCAAUGUGGGUUCAAAGGAUCCACCUAACCACAAUACCUGCACUGAAUGCAAGAACACUGUCUGUAACCAGUGUGGAUUUAACCCUAUGCCAAAUGAAACAGCGGUGAAAGAGUGGCUGUGUCUCACCUGCCAGAUGCAGCGGGCUCUAGGAGCAACACAGCCCCAAGGAGUGGCCUCUGUCAACUCUCAGAUACCUGCAAAGCCUCAAAAGAAAGACAUCAUCAGCCCAGCUGAACCUGAAAAGACAGUCUCACCCCAGAGGAAACCAUCUGUAACAGCACAGCCAGCUACAGCUGAGGCUUCUACUAAGCCAGAAGGUCAAAAGCAACCCAGCCCAGUUCCUGCUCAGAAGAAGCCACAGGAACCGCAGAAAUCACCAGGUCCUAAAACACCAGACCAGACGAGGCAAACUGAACGUAAGCAGAGUAAUGCCACAGCAGCAACACAGCAACAGUCAGGAGGCUUCUUUGGUUUUGGAGGUGGUAAAACUCAACCCGAUGCUGCAAAGCCGGCAGAUUCAGCAGCUGGGAAAAUGUUCGGCUUUGGUUCUUCCAUCUUCAGUUCUGCAUCCACUUUGAUUACCUCAGCUGUUCAGGACCAGCCCAAGGCUACUCCACCAGUUUCUCCCAAGUUGUCCCCAGCAAAAGAGAUUAAGUCCCCUGCUGCCCAGAAGAAAGAACUGCAGACAAAGCCAGAUCAACCCCAACAGACCAAGACAUCUCCUUCGGUACAGGCAAAAGUGGACAAAGCUCCAUCAGAGCCUCCAAAGGCUGCAACAGUCUCCCAAGCUGCUGUCAAACCAGGCCAGUCUACCUGUCCACUCUGUAAGGUGGAACUCAACAUGGGAUCCAAAGAUCCACCGAACUACAACACCUGCACUGAAUGCAAUAGCACUGUCUGUAACCAGUGUGGAUUUAACCCCAUGCCAAAUGUGUCAGAAAUGAAGGAGUGGUUGUGUCUGACUUGUCAGAUGCAAAGAGCUCUCAAAGCUGCUGAAUCAGUAGAGCCUCCACUGAAGAAACCCCAGGCAUCACCCAGCAAAGUGCCCACACCUGCUGCUGCCCAGAAAGAUGCUGCUGCCAAUCAAAAGAAAGACAUUGUUUCCACAGAAAAGGCAGAAGUGCCAGAAAAAGAUCAGAAGGGCAUUCCAUCACCAGGUGCACCACAAAAGAAAGAAGAUGCUAAACCCUCAUUACAAAUGGACAUUACCAAAACAUCAACCACUGCCACACCAUCUGCAAAAGAGAUCAUGGGUCCUGUUUCAGCCCCAACAGGAGAAGAGGAGAAAACUGCUUCACCACCCACCAAGAAGGCUCCCAUCCCCACUGCACCUCCAGCCAAAGAGAAGACAGCUGUAGUUUCAGACCUCAACAAACCACUUCCUGCUCAAGCUCCUCCUGUCAACACCGAUGUUGCAACUUCUCUCCAGCAGAAAAAAGUUAUAACUCCACCAAGUUCUCCUAAACCUAAAGAAGUAUCAGAAAAGAAAGAGGAGAAGGCAGAAAUAGUUAUGAAACCAGCUGACGAGCCAGUGAAACCCUCUGAUAAAGUACAGCCACCAACAGCUUUAAACAAAGACUCAAACGCUGUUGAAACAUCGCCUGCCAAAUCUGUUCCUCCAGCAGCACAGCAAACAAGUAAAGAAUCAGGAGGUUUCUUCAGCUUUGGUAGUCCUAAAUCACAGCGUGCUGCCUCAAUAACACCCGAAGCUGUCACUGGGAAGAUGAUGGGAUUUGGUUCAUCCCUCUUCAGCUCAGCAUCCACCUUGAUAUCAUCUGCAGCUAAGGAGGAGUCCCGCACAACACCACCAAGUUCUCGCAAAAUGUCUGCCCCAGCACAAGUCUCUGGCAAGAUUUCUCCAAAGUCCAGCCCCCCAGUUUCUCCAAAGAUGACUUCAGCAAAGGAGGCCAAACCACCUGCUGCUCAGACACCACUUGCGGAAAAGAUACCAGACCAACCUCAACAGGCCAAGGCUCCUCCAUCAGAACAGAACAAAGUGGACAAAGGUCUAUCAGAGCCUGCAAAACCAGAAGCCCCUCAAGCUGCUCCCAAAGUGGUCCAGUCUACUUGUCCACUCUGUAAGAUGGAACUUAAUAUGGGCUCCAAAGAUCCUCCCAACUACAACACCUGCACUGAAUGCAAAACCACUGUCUGCAACAAAUGUGGAUUUAGUCCUAUGCCAAGUCUAAAGGAGACAAAGGAAUGGCUUUGUCUCAGUUGCCAGAUGCAAAGAGCACUUGGAGCUUCUGAACCUCUGGGCCUUCCCAUGAUAAAACCCACACCUUCUCCAAGCAAAGAGGUCCCUGCUACCAUACAGAAAAAUAAAGAGACCCCGUUGUCAACUUCUCAGGAAGACAUCCCUAAACCAGCCGCACCCAAAAAUGAGCUUGUUGAUGUUGCCACAACCAAAGAAACUGAAUCCCCAGCUGUUGGUGCACCAGUGAAGAAAGUUACCCCUGCAGCUGCUUCAUUGCCUGACAAAACUGUUCCAUCCACUUCACCAAAGCCUUCUGGAGAGACACCUAAAGGACAACCAAAUACACCUCCACAACAGCCUCCAGUGUCUGCUCCUCCACCAGGCUCAGAGGCAGGAAAGCCAUCCCCACCACAGCCUCCAAAAGCUGUGACAUCUACCCCUAAGCCUGCUCCUCCACCAGGCCCAGAGGCAGGGAAGCCACCUUUAGAGCAGCCUCCAAAAACCGUGACUUCUGUUGCUAAGUCUGCUCCUCUAUCAGACCGAGAAGCAGGAAUGUCACCCCAACAACAGCCUCCAAAAACUGCGACUUCUACUGUUAAGUCUGCUCCUCCACCAGGUCAAGAAGUGGGAAAGCCACCCCCACAACAGCCUCCAAAAGCUGGUACCUCCCCAGCCAAAUCUGCACCGCCAGCAGCUCAGCCUGCUAAACAGGCAUCAGGAGGCUUCUUUGGUUUUGGUGGACCUAAAACCCAGCCUGCUGCUGCAAAGCCUGCUGAGUCAGUGACUGGGAAGAUGUUUGGCUUUGGGUCAUCUUUCUUAAGCUCUGCAUCAACUUUGAUAACCUCAGCUGUCCAGGAUGAACCUAAAACUACACCACCUACUCCACGCAAGAUGUCCGCCACAGUCUCUCCUAAAGCUACACCACCAGUCUCUCCUAAGAUGCCUCUUCCAAAGGACACCAAACCCCCUGCUGCUGCACAGAAAGCUGAGCCAUCUCAACAGGCCAAGCCAGCUCCAUCACCUACCCCUACACCACCAACUCCACGAAAGAUGUCCACUACAGCCAAUGUCUCUCCUAGAACUACACCACCAGCCUCUCCUAAAACUGUAUCUGCAAAGGACACCAAGCCACCUGCUGUCCAGAAAACAGAGGAAAAGAAACCAGACAAACCACAGCAGGAAAAGACUCCUUCAACAAUUCAAGCCAAAGUGGACAAAGCUCCAUCAGAGACCCCCAAGGCACCAUCAGACAUCCAAGGUGCUCCAAAGGCGGUUCCAUCCAUCUGUCCACUCUGUAAGGCCAACCUCAACAUGGGCUCCAAAGAACCGCCCAACUACAAUACUUGCACAGAGUGCAAGACUACCGUCUGCAACCAGUGUGGAUUUAGUACAAUGCCAACGGUGGCAGAGGUAAAGGAAUGGCUUUGUCUGAACUGCCAGAUGCAGAGAGCCCUUGGAGCAUCCGAGCCAACUGGACCUCCUGUAGUAAAACCUCAGCCCUCCCCAAGCAAGGUCACUGCACCUCCUGGCUCUGAAAAGAAGGAUGUACAGACAUUAGUCCAGAAGGACAAGUCCACAGAAUCAGCAGCAGUCAAAAAAGAAGUCACUCAAGCAACGCCACAGACAGAGGCACCACGACGAGGUUCUGUUCAAAAGACACAGGUCCCUCCGGGUACCGAAAAAGGACAAGACCAGGAUUUGGCUGGUGUGCAGCAGCCUGUUGGAAAAACCCCACAAGUGCAGCCUUCUCAAGCUACAAAGCCAGACGUCAAGGCAGGUCCUCCAAAACAAGAAGCUGGAAAGCCACCACAACAGCCUGCAAAAGCUGCGCCCCCUCCUGCCAAAUCUGCACCACCACCAGCUCAGCCUGCUAAACAGGAGUCAGGAGGCUUCUUUGGUUUUGGUGGUCCAAAAACACAGCCUGCUGCUGCAAAGCCUGCUGAGUCAGUGACUGGGAAGAUGUUUGGCUUUGGGUCAUCCUUCUUAAGCUCUGCAUCAACUUUGAUAACAUCAGCUGUCCAGGAUGAACCUAAAACUACACCACCUACUCCACGUAAGAUGUCCACUACAGUCUCUCCUAAAGCUACACCUCCAGUCUCUCCUAAGAUGCCUCUUCCAAAGGACACCAAACCCCCUGCUGCUGCACAGAAAGCUGAGCCACCUCAACAGGCCAAGCCAGCUCCAUCAGCACAGGCCAAAGCAGCUCCACCAGAGCCUCCAAAACCCAAAGAGGUGACCCCAGUUGCUCCUAAAGCAGGCCCGUCCACCUGUCCACUAUGUAAGGUCGAACUCAACGUGGGCUCCAAGGAUCCUCCCAAUUACAACACCUGCACUGAAUGCAAGAACACUGUCUGCAACCUUUGUGGAUUUAAUCCCAUGCCUCACACAGGAGCGAAGGAAUGGCUGUGUCUGAACUGCCAGACUCAGAGGGCUUUGUCUGGGCAGCUGGGAGACUCAGGAAAAAUGCCCCAGCCUUCACCUGUAUCUGCCAAACCAGAGAACCUGGCCACACCUACAGCCAAAAAGGCAGAGCCCAAAAUUUCCCCUACAAAGGCAGAGCCUGCUCCUACGGCUACAAAAUCACAGCCUUCACCUGCCUCCAUUGCGGCAGUGCCAGCAGUUCCAACCCUAAAAGCAAAGGUGGAACCUCCAUCUGUCAAAAUGGAACCCACAGCUACAGCAGUUUCUGCAAAAAUCGAGAUAGAGACCACACGCAUACCUUCAACAGCAAAGAUUUCACCUGUUACAGCAGAAAAACAGCCUUUAACAGCAUCCACAGCAGAAGCCAUUCUACCUGCUAUGGCCGCUGUGCAACAGAAAGCAGUAACAGCAAAGGUUGAAGAUGUUCCAAAGACUGUGACAGUGGAAGCUAAAGAAGAGGUAUUGAAAGUGGAGCCUGGUGAAGCAGAACGUCCAAAAGCUGAGGAGUCUAAACCUGACCUUCCAAAAGUCAAGGCAGAAGCAGGUGUAGCUGCAGCUUUCUCUUUGCCAGUGACUGAAGCUACAGUUGCACCCACUCCCCCUAUUGCUGCAGAGGUUGCUGUGGCUGGAGCUGUUCCAAGGACUGAAACAAGGCCAGAAUUCUCUACUCCAGAGAGGAUUAUUAAGGAAGUGCAGCCUGAUGAUCAUAUCAAACUGACAGAGCCAACAAAACCAUUACAGCAAGUUGAGGUGCAACCAAAGUCACAAGAACCACAGCUGGCACUGAAAGUAGAACCAGACGUAGCAGCUGACAGCAAGGAAGUGGCUGAUAAGACAGUUAAAAAGACUACUGACGUCACCUCAACUCCAGAGACACAACCAGUCUCUACAAAGAUCACCACAAAAAAGCAGGAUGAAAUCAAAGCAGAGCCAGUGAAAGAGAGAGAGGUCUCCCUACCUACUGGGCAGGCUAAACUGGAAAGCACAGUUGCUGCUACGACAGCUAAAACGCCUGAAUCCAAAGCAGAGGAGCUUGAAGAAGAUCAACCACAGAUUUUACCCAUAACACAGGAAUUGAAGGAUGGGCAGGUGGUUGAUGAUACAAAUAAAAAUGAAAUAAAUACAGAUAUAUCCACUCCAGUAAAGGAGGAGGUCAAGGCUGAAAGAAGGCGCCUAAGUUUCCAAGCAAUGGAUGAGAGCAGCGAAAGUGAACUCACACCCUCACCUCAAGUCCAGAGGAGAAGGCUGAAGGUCAGCAAUCUUUCAUCCAGCAGUGAGGACAUUAAAACUGAAAGCGCUGACUCCUCUAUGGAAGAUGAAGAAUUCAUCCGCAAGCAGAUAAUGGGUAUGGGUGAUGAAGAAGAAAUGUCUGUUUCAGAAGAUGAGAAAGACAAUAAUUUGGCAGAUGAGGAUGCUAUCAAAGAGAUUGAGCUUGAUAAUGCUUCAAUGACAGCCACAAAAAGUAGCACAGAGAAUGAAGAAAGCCCAGCCAGGAAAAAAUCCCUCCCAAAAACUGAAACUGAAACCACUCAAGAUGUUCCUGAAACAAUGCCCAGCAGUACUUUCAAGAAAGCUAUUCCAGCCAUGAGACAGAGGCAAAGCACUGAUGAAGAAGUAGAGAGCAUCACAGAAUCCCUGUCAAAGGGAUCGUCUAGUGUUCAGGUAUCAAGCUUUACCCCAGGAUCUUCGCCCACAUCUGCCUCAUCUCUGGAGGAGGACAGUGAUAGCAGCCCCAGUCACAGGAAAGUCAGUGGGGACAAACAGCAUCGCAAAGGUAGGCACAGGCAGCCAACCCAGCCUCUCCCCACUAUUGAAGACUCCUCUGAGGAAGAGAAGAUGAGGGGAGAAGAGAAGUCUAGGAAAGACAAAGAUGAAUUUAGAGCCCAUGGCCAACCACUGUCUCCAACUGAAGAUGCUUCAUCUACAGAGAAUCUGAAACAGGUAACGACUGAAACCAGUAGAACAUCUGGCUCUGAGCCCUCUGUAAGUAUAGACUCAGAAUCAGAGGCUAGGCGAGCUGUCCAGAGAGGACGCAAGCCUUCGUCGACAGUGAUACCAUACCUUUCUUCUGAUCCAUUUAAAGAGAAGGAUACUGUGACAAAAUCAUUGAAGAGUGCCGAAGAAGCAUAUGAGGAAAUUAUUCAGAAGACAAAAGCUAUUCCAGGGGAGAGCCCCCCUGAUAUUGAGCCUCUCUAUGGAGGAAUGGCAAUAGAGGACUACCUUUAUGAAUCCUUAGUAGAGGAGCCUGAAUUUAGGAUAGGUGAAUCUCCAGAGGAAGAACUCAAACAGGAUACUAGCGCAGAGAGUCUCAAAAAACUCAGGUCUCCGGAGGAAGUUUAUGAGGAGAUGAUGCAAAAAAAGAGAGAACUGAUGAUGAUAGAGCAAGAGUUUCAACAGGCUCAGACUGCCAUGGAAUCUUCUUUAUUAGUGGCUUCAGUCACUGAGCCUCCCUCAGUUGCUGAGACCUGUGUGGUGACCAUACCGAUGGAAGAGACAUCCCUCACUGAGCAAACUGAUAUGCCUCUUACAGGCACUGAAAAUUCUGGUGAAGUGCCAGUGAAGAAAAAGAAAAGGCCAGCUCCACCACGCCCCUCUGAACCUCCUAAGCGCUCAGAGGGGACUGUUGUUCCUAGCACUACUGGUGGAUCUAUAGGUUUUGUUAGGCCUAUGGUUCCUCAAGAUCCUGUACUCAUGAAGGCAUUGUUCCCCAUACCAGACCUUAAGAUUACCCAGUGUUCAUCUGGGGAGGAAGAGGAUGACAGUCUUGCAGAUGAGUAUGGUGUUGGUAUUUCCUCUGACAUUACCCCCAGUGAUGAAUCUGACACUAAAGAAGAUCAAUCCAUAAGCCCACCUUUGUCUGAAACCGCUGAGAUGGAACCCAUCUGUGUGGUCUGUGAAAUCCCAGAGCCAAAACCUAUUCCAACACCAAUAUCGGCCCCAGAACUAACCACUACACCCUCGCCUGUAUCACCAAUGUCACCUCCAACUUCACCAGCCACUCCAGAUUCCAGUUUGGCUUCUAAUGCUACAUCUUCAUCCUCAUUCCAAGCUCAAACACCACUUUCAGCAGAUUCAACUCCACUGUCUACACCAACACCUCCAACUUCAUUUGUAACACAGUCACCUCCAGAGAUUUCACCACCAUCAGCUGCCACAAUUGCAGUAGGACCGUCUAGUCAGGGCUCAGUCUCUCACCCUGCUCCAGCCACAGUCAUAGUUACAAUACCAGAUGUGGUGUCUGAUCCUUCCAAAGCUCAAACAACUGCAGUAAUUCAAGUUAAGGCUCCUACAGCUGAAGCUUCAACUCCAGCCCCACAUGGGACAUCUACUCCUGUACCUGUUAUAGUUCAAAUGCCAGACUUGGUUUCAUCUCCAUCUCAGGUGCCUAUUGAGGCUCCAGCUGUUAUACUUGUCUCAGCACAGAGUCCAGCACCUGCUGUUGUGUCAGCUCAACCUAAAACUUUAGUUACAGCUACACCUGCUGCAGUUGCUACACCUGCUGCAGUCUCCACUCCAGCUUCAGCCCAUGUUGCUCCUUUCACUCUGGAUUCAUGCCCUGGGCCAGUCAUAGUACAAAUGCCUGACUUGGUUUCAACAACGUCUCCAAUCUCUGCACAAGCCCCACUACCAAUCUCAUCACUCAUAACUACCCCAGCUCAAGCCCAAGCCAAAGUGGUGCAUGCAGUCCCUGUACAAGCAACAGUCCCAUCAGUGAGCCCAGGACCAAUCCCAGCUCAAACAGCCCACGUGCCUACUCCAGCAUCAACUACUAUAAUCAAAAAGAAGGUUCCACCACCUCCUCCCCCUCGGUCUACUUCAGUGUCAUUACCUGAGCCUAACACAGAGCUGCAGCCUGUAAGAACUAUUCAGCAGGUCACCCCAAUUAUGACCACCACUGUAGCUAGGGGAACCACAGCGGCUGGCCAGCAAAUGCAGUCUGUAGUUGUGGAUAUACAGCCAAGAAUGGAAGACAUGCAACCUGAUAACAUGGCUGUUCCUCAAGUAGUGACCCCAACCAGACAAGGACAUGUUGUAAUUAUAGUGCCAAGUGUGGAAAACAUGUCUCUGCAUGGACAAACCCCACAAGAUAAAGCUAGCACAGGGUCAAUAGCUUCCACCGCUUCUCUGCCACUAAGUGGUCCAAUAGCCUCAGAUAUACCCAGCACAGUUACAACUUCACUAUCCACAAAGGUGUCAGCAGUGCCAGUAGCUUCAGCUCCACCACUUCCCCCUAAACCUAUGGCAGGUACAACAGUUGUAGACACAGUAGAAAUACCUGUAGCAGAUACACCUCCGCCACCCUCAACUACUUCACCAAAGCCAACAGUUUAUUCAAAAACAGCGGCUCCCAUUGCAGUCACUAUUGCUACAGCAGCAGUAACACAAGUUUCUGACACAACAACUGGCCCCAGUCAAACCACAAAGCCUCCUCCACCCAUACCACCUAAGCCUAUAUCAAUUCCUGCUGGACUGGUUUUCAGCCACAAGCCAGGAGAGAGUGUCAAACCACCUCCCCCUCAUGUGAUGCCCAAAGCUGCAACACUACCCAGGACCAAAGAACCUCCAAAUGCUCUGUCACUUAGCCUGACACGACCCGUGGAAUCUAAGUUGGGUGCAACAUCUCCUAAGUCACCUUUGUCUCCUAAGCAUGCCAAAUGUUUGCAAACCUAUGUAGUGAUAACCCUUCCAUCUGAGCCUGGCUCACCAACAGAGGCCAUAACAGUCCAAGCGCCUGUAAGACGAGGCUCCAUCCCAUCUACAAAAGUGUCAGGUGUACGGACCACGCCCUUAGAACAGAAAACACCUACUGAGGCAUUCUCAGCACAGGCUACAGUUAGGAGAGCCUCUGUCCCCACUGUAAGGCACCCACCUCCAAUAGCCAUAGCUCCAACUGUGGCAAUAGAGCAAGUGACAUCUUCUGAGGAAGUGGUUGCCACAAUGCAAGCCAGGAGAGACUCUGUGCCUUCUGAAGUGUUACCACCACCAACACCACCACCUGUAGCUGAUGUCAUGGUAGUGUCAUCAGCUCAGGAAACAUCUAUUCAGGCAAUUAGUGUACCUCCUCCAAUUAAGAAACCAUAUAUGCAACAGCAACAACCAAUUACUCAGCCACUGCCACCACCUAAAACAAGCUUUGAGGUUAUCACAAUGCCCCCAGAGCCAAUGGUUGUUAUUCAACCACAAACAAUCCAAGCCACAGCAAGAGCCCCGUCUGUACCACUUGCUCAACAACCAAGCACAGCCACAGAGGUCAUAACAGUUCCAUCAGAGGUUUCAGCUGAAGCAUUAGUUCCUCAGGCCCCAAUACCAAUUGUACCUGUACAGCCACAGGCUCUAACAGAAGUUGUUGCUGUACCUCUGCAGCCUGAGAUACCUUUAGAUGCACUAGUUCCCCAAGUUAGACCAGCUACAGUGUCCCCUGAUGUCUCUUAUCCACUAGUUACAGCUCAAAUAGAAAUGCUGCAGAAACAACAGGAUAUACCUUCUCAUGUCACAGUCACCGAGACAGAUAUGGUACAGGGAGAGAUCCAGCAAAUUCCUGCUCAACAGCAAAUUACCGUAGUUGAAGCAGUGACUUACUCUGCUGAACUCCCAUCAGUGCCACACGCUGUUCAGCCUUUCAUGACAGAGCAGCUGUCUUCGCAGCAGCCAUCUCUUGUAGCUGAAGUGUCGACCCUCCGGACAGAGUUUGAAAUGCCUACAGAAGUUAUUACAACUGAUACUGCUGUUAGAUUGCCAGGAGUAGCAACCAUAUCUCCAGUACCUUAUCCUUUACCUCUAGUUGCUGAAGUAACUCCAACACCAGAAGUACCUAAGUUUAUACCAACUACAGUUGCUGAGAUAACUCCUACAAUUGGUAAAGUAACACCAUCACCUCCUGUCAUGGAAGUCCAACCAAUGGCAGUGCAGCCAGAAGUCCCCUACAUUCCACAGGUCUAUGACAUGAUUACUUCCUCAGUCAUGCCACAUUCAAUGCCACCACUGGAAGUCAUAGCAUUGCAGCCUGAACGUGAGACACCCACAGAGAUUACAACAAAGGAAGUUGAUGUAAGAGCUUCAAUACCAUCAUCAGUGUUGCAGCCCCAGGCACUGGCUGGGAUGCCAGUUGGAGUUAUUUCAACUGAGGAAACCACCAGUAGGAGGAGAACAUCUAUAUCUUCAAUAGUACAGCCAACAUACACAACAAAUGAGACAUUUAUUUAUCCUGCAGAGUAUGAAACACCCACACAGGUGGUUACAACUGAGGCCUUUGCUACCACCAGGAGAGAAUCCAUAACCAUGCAGCAGCCAAUACCAAUGGCACAUAUAGUAAAUAUGCCUGCUGAAAAAGAUGUUUCUAUUGAUGGUUAUAAUGUUCAGGACCCCUACAGAAGAGGAUCUAUUCAUUCAAUAGAACAAAGACCCCAGGUAUUAACAUAUUCUUCAGAAUAUGAUCACCCUCUAGAGAUAAUAACCACUGAGGCAUACACCAGGAGAACCUCAAUUCCUACAGCACAGGACAUUCCACAAGGUGUACCUGUGGCCCCAGUCACCAUCACUAAAAUUCAGCAAGAGUCUAUUGAGAGCCAAGAGAUUCGAGGACCAGAAAAGGUGGUCUCCAGUAUGAGUCACAUGUAUUCUUCUUCAAUUUCCACCUCAGGCCAGCCUCCUGAAAACCUGCCUAACCUGGUCACUCAGGUGGUUACCACGGAGGUCCAAAGGACCACUGUCUCUGUUGUCCAUGAAAGACUUCCACAAGUCCCUCAGCCAAGUGUAGCAAUCACUAUUCAACCAGACAUAGCUAAAGUCCAAUCUCUGCCAAAACAGAAUGGCAAAAUAAUCUACCCUGGUGAUGUUAUCGAUUUACGUACAAUGAAGGUUGGCGUAAAGAUGACUGAACAAGGCAUGGACCUAACACCACCUGAGUCAUGUCGACAGUCUUUUUCAAGUGACUCUAGUGGGCGUCAAAUCACAGCUGUGCAGCCUGAAAUUGUAAAUCUUAGUGUGGAGAUCACUCCUACGACCACAUUGUCUGUGGUCACAGACAGCAUCACAAUAGUCACAUGCACAGCCACCAUUGCCUCAUAUAACAACACUCCAGCAGAAAAACCACUGGAUUUGCAGGGCCCUGUUACUUCAUUGCCUCUGGCGCUCACUACAUACAAACCAUUUGAACCACUUGCUCAGAUUGUAUACAGACCUGUGAAUUCCCAGCCCAUUGUAAGUGCUGUAGCAUCCACAGCUCAAGACAUACCCAUUAAUCUUUCCUUUGGAGCUCUAGUCACCCCAGGAGGGAAACAGCCAAUGACUUCCCCAACAGCUAUCAGCAAUGGAGGUCCUGUUCUUUCUCUAGAGGCCACAGGGGCCAUGGAUCUGUCAAACUACAGACCAGUGAGAGCUAUGGUAGCUUUGUCUGACACAAGCCCAGGAGUGGUGACCACUGUUGUAGAGGAUGAUGGGACUCCAGUCGACCUUACAGCUGGCAGGAGGAGCGUGUGCUGUGAUGUCCUUUACAAGCUACCAUUUACAGGAAGCUGCAGAACACAGCCCCCGGUUACAACCCAGCCUGACAACCGCUUUGGCUAUAGGGAUGACCACUACCAAUAUGAUAAUGCUGGACUGUAUGGUAUCAAAGGCAUGAAUGGCAUUAAAGCUUCAAUGUCUGAGACCAACCUGACAGAGGCAGGACUGUUCCCUUAUGACAGCAAGAAUGACUAUGACUAUCUCAGUGGAUCUGCAGAUGGCGCUAUAGACCUCACUGCUGCUAAACUUUCUGCUGGUAAAGCUCUAGACUACACUAGCAAAACUGGAGUCUACCCUGGGAUGACUACUGCUCCAUACUCCCAGGUUCCUGCAGCUGGGUUUGGUGUAACCGGUGUUCUAAAAACUUCAGAUGGAAUAGUUUACUCUUCUGUUGCUGCCCCAGUUCCGUCCACAUAUGCAAUUACAACUCAACCAGGCUCCGUCUUUAGCACUACCUUAACACCUACAUCAACAGUCCAGAACCAGUCAUUGCCGCAUCCGUAUGGCUUCAUUCCCAGUACAGACCCAGGACAGAUAAUUCCUUAUGACACAGGGCUACCUAAGGAGCUUCUACCCACAGCUUUGGCUGACAUCAUAACAGGCUAUCCAGACAUGUACUCAGACACCACCCUGGAAGCAAUUGCUGCAUCUCUGGAUGCCUUAGCCUCUUCCCCAAUAUUCCCUGGCUUAGACAACACCAAGAUGGCCCAAUAUCAGAUGGAGAGGGAGUUUCUAGAGCUAGAGAAGCUUAAGCAGCUAUGUCUUGCAGAGGAGCUGGAGUGGGAGAGGCAGGAGAUCCAGCGUUACCGUGAACAGGAGCAGCUUAUGGUCCAAAGGGAGCUUGAGGAGCUUCAGGCACUGAAACAGCAGCUUCUCUUGCAGCAAGAGGAAGAGCACCAUGCCCACAUGGUGGCCCAGCAGGAGACAUAUGCCCAGCAAAAAGAGCAGUUGCAACAAAUUCAACAACUGCAAUUGCAACUCCAGCGCCAGCUUGAUGAGCACUAUGGUAGCACUGGCACCACAGGAAACCUCCUAGAUGCUAAAUAUGCAGGGGUAGGGGACAGUGGCCAGUACUGGCCUGUCAAAGAUGAGUCUUCAACUCCAUCUAUUGGGACACAGUUAGAGGAAAGUCAGGAUCAACUUAAUUUAGUAAAGAAGCUUCAAGCUGAUCAGGACACAGGGAAAAAAAUAAUUGAUAGUGGAGUGCAGACAGAUGAUGAAGAUUCAGCAGAGAAGCAGCAUGUAGGAAGGAGAAAGAAGAAUAAGAGAAAUAUUGAUAGCUCAGCUCAGACUGAUGAUGAGGACCAAGACGAAUGGGAUGCUCCUACAAAAGCUCGGCGACGGUCUCGAAAACAUAGCAGUGAGGGGAAACAUGGCUCCAAGGUCUCUAGCAUUGCUAUCCAGACAGUGGCCGAGAUAUCUGUCCAGACUGACCACUCUGGAACUAUCAAACGUCCCAAUGUCCAGAUGGACACGAAGGUGGAAAUCAUCAAGCAUAUCUCAGCUCCAGAGAACUCUCAGAGAGGUGGCAGUCUGAGCUGUCAGACAGACACAGACAGAAGACACACACCCAUAGAGGUUGGUUACAGCACACACUUAACAGCAGAUGUCCCCUCUAAGUCUAAAGUCUUCUACACCUCAGUCUCCCCGCUGUCCCCGGAAAAGUCACUUGGAGGGCAGAGAAUGCUGACUGCUGACCCAACCAGGUUUUCCUCUGGUCCUCGAAUAUUGAAGGCUGGUCAGAAGUCUCUGUCUGAUCCGAAAUCCCUUAGUCCUGCCGCAGAAGACAGAGUGGGUGGAUACUAUGCAGACAGCUAUAAUAGCCGAAGCUCUCCCUCUGGUACAGGUAAGAAGGUGAAGCGUACGCUACCAGACCCUCCUCCUGAGGAUGACACUCUGACAGGACGGACAGGCUACAGCACCAACUCUGCUCGUCGCCGUCUUGCCCGCAGUACAACAAUGGCCCGGGCAAAGAUCCUUCAGGACAUUGACAAGGAGCUUGAUCUUGUGGAGAGAGAAUCUUCUAAACUUCGCAAGAAACAAGCUGAGCUAGACGAAGAGGAAAAGGAGAUUGACGCCAAGCUACGGUACCUGGAGAUGGGUAUCAACCGGCGGAAGGAGGCCUUGCUGAAGGAGAGAGAGAAGAGAGAGAGGGCCUAUCUCCAGGGGGUGGCAGAGGAAAGAGACUACAUGUCUGACAGUGAAGUUAGCAACAUCAGAGAGGCCAGGGGUGACGGCCUGGAGAGACCACGGACAGCACCCCAGUCAGAGUUUGACCAAUUCAUCCCCCCACAGACGGAAGCUGAUUCCCAGUACAACACACUAACUAGUCCCUACUCUCACUAUGCCCAGUAUGUUCCCCAGACCCAAACCACCAGCCACUACACCCAACAGAACCUAUAUCAGCAGCAGUCCCUCUACCACCAACAGGUGUCUCCUUACCCAACCCUAUCCCUCUCCCAUGCCCAGGCACAGUCUAGCAACUACCAACAUGCUUUGCUCCUGCAGCAGGGAAAGCAGCGGCAAACCACCCUGUCUGAUUUAGAGCCUAAGAUCUCCACCAACUAUGAAGUGAUACGCAACCAGCCUUUGCUCAUUGUGCCAACCUCCACAGAAAGUGGUUAUGGGGUUGCUCACCUCGGAGGCAAGUAUGGCAGCCUGGACUUGAGGCUAGGGCUGGAGGAAAGGAGCAUGGCCUCUAGUCCCAUGUCUAGCAUUUCUGCUGAUUCCUUCUAUGCCGAUAUUGACCACCACAAUGCCAGGAACUAUGUACUGAUAGAGGACAUAGGAGAGCUCACCAAGGCCUCAACAGGGCUGAGCAACACCGGCUUGGGCUCUGGAUUCAACAUGCCUGAUAAGGAGUUGUCCAAGGCAGACAGACUCCUCAGGGCAGCAGAAGUCAGGCGAACAGCAGAGGUGGCAGAAUUUUUAGGCUCAUCUCGACUUCAGGGUUAUGGUAAAGGAGAAGAUGACACCAUGGAGGAGCCUUAUGAGCUGAAGCUACUGAAGCAGCAGAUCAAGCAGGAGUUCAGGCGAGGAACUGAGGGACUAGAACAUUUAACAGGCUUGGGCCUGCCCCAGUAUCUCCCCAGUGAUGGUAGUUUUCGCCACUUCCCUAAAGGAGAGAAAUAUAGCAUCGGCAGGCUCACCCUUGAAAAACAGGCUGCAAAGCAACUCCCAGCAGCUGUGCUUUACCAGAAACAGAUGAAGAACAAAAAGGCCCUAAUAGACCCUAAGGCCAUCACGAAAUUCUCCCCAAUUCAGGAGAGUAGGGACUUGGAGCCUGACUUUGGCAGCUACAUGGGAUCUGGGGCCUCCUCUGUGACCAAUCUGGCUGCUACAGCUAGGUUGCUUCAGGAUGAGAUUACAUUUGGGCUAAGAAAGAACUUGUCUGAGCAGCAAAAAUAUUUAGGCUCCUCCUUGGGGGCCAACUUAGCUGGUUCUCUAAAUAUUGGGCAGUCCCUCGGACUUGGAUCUACUAUCAGGGCCACUGCCCACGAUGAUGGCACCUACCCAAGUGGCACCCGUUCCCGCCCCUCAUCACGCCCCUCUUCCCGUCCCUCAUCUGUCUAUGGUUUGGAUCUAUCUAUCAAAAGGGACCUAUCCAGCUCCUCACUCAGACUUAAAACAGAGGGAGAAGUCCUGGAUGCAGCAUUUGCUCCUGGGGUGGCAAGAGCAAAGCCCACCAGUCUACCUAUCAGCCAAAGUAGGGGCCGUAUCCCCAUUGUGGCUCAGAACUCAGAGGAAGAGAGCCCUCUAAGCCCAGUGGGGCAGCCUAUGGGUAUGGCUAGGGCCUCAGCUGGACCUCUCCCUCCCAUCUCUGCUGACUCCAGGGACCAAUUUGGUUCCAGCCAUUCCCUGCCAGAGGUACAGCAACACAUGAGGGAGGAAUCUCGUACGCGAGGCUAUGAUCGAGACAUCGCAUUCAUCAUGGAUGAUUUGCAAGGCGCCAUGUCUGACAGCGAAGCACUAAGUGAGUCCAUGCUGGCUCUGAACAGAGAUGAUGCCAGAAUCUUUCAUGAAAGUAUCAGACACGCUGGAGGCCCAAACUGGAAUAUAGAAGCCUACCACCUGAGGAGAGAGGACACAGAUUGGUUUGAUAAGCCAAGAGAAGGGCAUCCGCAGAGCGGAAGCAUGUCAGACAGGAGACAGAUGAAACUGGUCCCUUAUGCUUUCCCUCACACUCGCAUCAAGCUUAAGAGAGACCCCAAGGAUACCAGUGUGUCAGGUAACGGACUAGGGAUCCGCGUGGUAGGUGGGAAGGAGAUUCCGGGGAGCCGAGGAGAGAUUGGAGCAUACAUUGCCAAGGUUAUCCCUGGUGGUGUGGCAGAGCAAACAGGAAAAGUUGUAGAAGGAAUGCAGGUGUUGGAGUGGAAUGGAGUCCCUCUGACGGGAAAGACUUAUGAAGAAGUACAGUGCAUCAUGGGCCAGCCAUGUGCAGAGGCGGAGCUCUGUGUGAGACUCGACCUUAAUAUGCUGUCUGACCCUGAGCACCCACAAGCCCUGGAGCACCAUGUCCAGCUUAAGGCUGUAGGUGGGCAGCGUUCCCCUGGUGUGGAUCCUAAGCAGUUGGCUGCCGAGCUGCAGAAAGUGUCCCAGCAGCUGGCUCCUGGUAUGGCUGGAACAGGGCUCGGGCCCGGGGGUUUGGGGGUCCUCUCUGCACUUGAGCGCUCAGCCCUCCUCCACUCAGGUCCUGGAUCGGCUGCCUCCAGUGGUGUGCCAAGCCCCGGCCAGCCCGCAUCCCCAGCCAUAAACAAGAAACAACGACACAAGCCAAUGGAGGCAAUGAGGACACCUCAUGCCAUCACUGGAGACAUUCAGCUCCAGAUCAACUAUGACAGGAACUUGGGAAACCUGAUCGUCCACGUCCUGCAGGCUAGAAACCUGGCCCCGAGGGACAACGACGGCUACUCUGACCCUUUUGUCAAGGUCUACCUCUUGCCGGGGAGAGGCCAAGUCAUGGUUGUCCAGAAUGCAAGUGCUGAUAACAAGAGAAGGACCAAGUAUGCUCAGAAGACCAUGAACCCAGAAUGGAACCAGACUGUCAUCUACAAGAACAUUCAUUUGGAGCAGUUAAAGAAGAAGACGCUGGAGGUGACAGUGUGGGACUAUGACAGAUCCUCCUCCAAUGACUUCCUUGGAGAAGUGUUGAUUGACUUGUCGAACACAGCCCAGCUGGACAACACUCCUCGCUGGCUGCCUCUGAAGGAGCAGAGCGAGAGCAUCGAGCACAGCAAAGCCCACCACGCUGCUCAAGGACCGCCAGGGUCUGGGCCAGGUCAGGGUCAUGGUCACGGACACAGCCUUGGCCAUAUGUCAGGGCCUGGGUUGGGGCCUGGGCAUGGUAUGGGACAGGGUCAAGGACCAGACGGGGGUCAUGACUCACCUAAAAACUCUGUAAUCAAGAGCAGAAGCCAUGGAAUCUUCCCUGAUCCAUCCAAAGACAUGCAGAUGCUACCUUUGGAAAAGUCACACAGCAGCCCGGGCAGCUCCAAGUCUUCCUCCGAUGGCCAACUGCGCUCCCACGGCCCCUCCCGCAGCCAAAGCAAGAGCAGCGUCACUCAGGCCCACCUUGAGGAUGCUGGGAUAGCCAUCGCUGCCGCCGAGGCUGCCGUGCAACAGUCCCGCCUGCAACCAAGACCAGGACACCGACUGGCAGAUGUCUCAGGGUCAGUGGUGUUGUCUGCCCCGAGUCUUGUUGGAGACGCCUAUGGAGGUCUGGAAGGUGAAGAGGGGGCGGACACUGGAGUGGACAGUGCCAUUUUUCAAGUGCCACGCAUCGGUAAGACUAUUCCUAACGGCACCGACAAAAACCAACUAGGGACCCCAGAAAAUGAAGGCGGCAAAACACAAGUGAUGGGAGAGAUCAAGGUUGCUCUCAAGAAGGAGGUGAAGACAGAAGGGGAUCAACUGGUCUUGGAGAUCCUUCAAUGCAGAAACAUCACUUACAAGUUCAAAAGCCCCGACCACCUACCAGACCUGUAUGUGAAGCUGUAUGUGGUCAAUGUAGCCACUCAGAAGAGGAUCAUCAAGAAGAAAACCAGAGUUUGCCGACACGACAGAGAGCCCUCUUUCAACGAGACCUUCAGAUUCCCUCUGAACCCAACAGGACACUCCAUACAGCUUUUCUUGGUGUCCAACGGAGGCAAGUUCAUGAAGAAGACUCUGAUCGGUGAAGCCUACAUCUGGCUGGACAAGGUGGACAUGAGGAAGAGAGUGGUCAGCUGGCACAAGUUAUUCGUCAGCUCCACUCAGACCAACCCCUGAGCGCCACGUCAAACAAGACGGAGAUGCGAUAGACUGACGACAGGUGAAGCCAGAAUGUAGUAGUUUGGAGAUCUGAUUUGACAAAAAGACGAAUACGAGACCAAAAAAAAAAUAAAAUCAAA